AUGGCCACCCAGGGUCCCUCUCCGCUACCCCCUACAACCAUCCUCUCUUCCAAGCCUAUCUCCCAGGCUGCCGCGCACGAUUUCCUAGCCGCCUAUCUCGAUCGCGCCGCCACAGACCCCGCCCUCCAACCUAAUGCCGGGAUCAGCGAACAUGGCCCGACCUCGCGCACCACGGCUGCCGCACCCAACCUCAUUUUGCACAACCUGAAGCGCGUUCAGGCUGGCCUUGCUGGCGAAGUUCUGGGCAGGGAUCUGGCUCUUGCGAAGCUCAGCGCUGGAGAGGAGGGCAAUGCGCAGCAGACAGAGGCCGGAAAUGAGGGGUGGGAGGACCCGAAAAAGCUUCAAGAGGAGGUUGUUGCUGCCGAUGAUGAUGACGAUGUCCGGAUGGAUAUGGAUGCUGUUGAGACAGAGCAGAACGCCGAGACCGCUGCGGGUCUCGAUAAAGAGGAAAGGAAGCGGAAGAAGAAGGAGCGCAGACUUGCAGAGAAGAGAGCGAAGGCCAAGUCGGACGCUUGA